CCAAUUGCCCUAAUCUCUCUCUCUCUCUCUCUCUCUCUCUCUCUCCAGAGGCCGCUCGCCCGAAUACAGGGAUGGAGAGCGACAUUGAUGAAUCAGCGAGGUGGAAAAUUGGGAGAAAACAUCUGGUUAUUGGAGAUGGUUCUGUCCGCAAGCAGCUGGAACAACUGAAGGGGAGGGUACAUUCUCUAACAGGAGAAGUGAGCUUUAUGCAGGAAGAAGAUUUACGGUUGGAGACUACCAGAGCAAGAUUGUCAAAUCUUAUCAAGAGGCACGAAGUGUUAGCAGAGCGUCUCUCAAGGGAUUCCGACAAGUUGGUUUUCGAGCGCCUGCAAAAAGAAUUUGAAGCUGCACGGGCUGCUCAGACUGAAGAGGUAUGUUUAGAUGGCGAGCAAUGGAAUGACGGGCUAUUAGCCACAAUUAGGGAGCGGGUUCAUAUGGAAGCUGAUAGGAAGGCAAUGCCAGGGAACGUGAGCAUGUUACCAGAUCCUCACUUUAACGGAAAAACUACUUAUAAAGCUGCUUGUUAUUCUUUUGAGCAGGUAAUUUGUUGUUUGGAAGGUGCGAGGAUUGGCAUACAGUAUGAGACAUCUUUUGCUGGAGAACCUUGUGAAAUCUAUCAUUGUGUUCUUGAAAGUAAAUCAUUUCUUGAAAAGAUGAGCGUCAUUGAACACACAGUUCCUUUCUUUCUUCCAAUACGAGAAGCUGAAAAUGACCUCCUCUCUUCUAAUGCAAUGAAAUUCAUAGAUUAUGUUGGAGAAAUUUUGCAAGCUUAUGUUGAUAGGCGGGAACAGGUUCGUCUUAUCAAGGAGUUAUAUGGGAACCAGAUUGGAGAGCUUUAUCACAGCAUUUCAUUCAGUUGGAUUGAAUUUGUAUUGGAGGAUUUUGAGUGCAAGGUGACAGUUAGUCUUCGAUACGCAGAUAUCAUUUCUGUACUACCAACUCGAAUCAGAGUCUUAGCAUGGCCAUUGCAUUCUUCCAAGAAAAUCGUAAUGUCACCAAUGGGAAUUAGGAAAGUAAACGGGCCAAAUGUAGGUCAGCCGAUUCCAGCUCGUCUUUCUUACGCGGAGGAUGCCUUGAGAACUAUGAGCCUGCCAGAAGCAUAUGCUGAAAUCGUAUUGAAUUUGCCACGGGCACUUCAACAGAUCUUUCCAUAUCUGGACAAGAAUACCAGCGAAAGGAGUACUGGAGUAGUUCCAUUGGAAAAAUUUCAGGUGAAGGAAGAACUUGGGAGAACGACCCACCAACUGCCAAACUCAUGUACCUAGUAUGAAAUGAACUUGCUGUCGCUGUGGCCUCACAACCGUACAAAUACGUCCCAUUAUAGAUGUCCCGCCGCAUGCGCUGCUACAAUGUGUUACAGGUUGCGUUGUGGUCACUUGUAAUCUAAACUCACUGAAUAUAUGUAUUGGGUGUCAUCUUUAACUA